CCACCCACGCUGCCUGCCAAGGACUGCAAAUAACCUGCCUGUGUGCUUGCCACUGCCUUCACCCCUUAAAAAGCAGACUCAAAGGAGCUGCAGACCUUCCCUUUCACACGUCAGCCCACAGCUGCCAGUGGUGUGGGUGGCCAGGACAGCUGCCAGACUGUUGUCCCCUAGAAAUGUGGUGGCUUCAGCAGCUUGGGCUGCCCCAGCAGCCACCCACGCACAGAGGAUGCCAUCCUGGGAACUGUACAUUCCUGGCAGGGCUCGAUGCCCCUUCCCUCACUGGGCAGCAGUGACUGUUACUCUGAAGGAAAGUGUUCCCUGGACACUCCCAGAGACAGCUGUAUCUCCAGAGCAGAUUGCCUUGGGACCCCCCCCCUCCGUCCUGCUGCAAUGAGUGGGAAGUCCUUGCUCCUGAAGGUCAUUCUCCUGGGGGAUGGUGGAGUUGGGAAGAGCUCCCUCAUGAACCGCUACGUCACCAACAAGUUUGACUCGCAGGCGUUCCACACGAUCGGGGUGGAGUUCCUGAACCGGGACCUGGAGGUGGACGGGCGUUUUGUGACCCUCCAGAUCUGGGACACGGCGGGACAGGAGCGGUUCAAGAGCCUGCGGACGCCCUUUUACCGGGGGGCAGAUUGCUGCCUGCUGACCUUCAGCGUGGACGACCGGCAGAGCUUCGAGAACCUCAGUAACUGGCAGAAGGAGUUUGUCUAUUACGCUGACGUGAAGGACCCCGAACACUUCCCGUUUGUAGUCCUGGGCAACAAAAUAGACAAACUGGAGAGACAGGUGAGCACGGAGGAGGCCCGGGCCUGGUGCAUGGAGAACGGUAACUAUCCGUACCUGGAGACUAGUGCCAAGGACGACACCAAUGUGACAGUGGCCUUUGAGGAAGCUGUGCGGCAGGUGCUGGCGGUGGAGGAGCAGCUGGAGCACUGCAUGCUGGGCCACACCAUUGACCUGCACUCCAGCUCCAAAUCGGGGUCUUCCUGUUGUUAAGAGUGGCUGCUGCUUCGGGAGCACCGCUGGAGCCAGCAGCUGGAUGGGAACACACGUGGGCAGCCCUGGGGCACUCUGAGGAGAGUGGCCAUGAGGACAAUAAGUGGUUUGUGCUCACUGGGGGGUUGCAACCUCACCGUCUGAAUCCUGCCUGGAGUUCUCAGGCACAGAGCAUGUAUCCGCAGGAGGGAGCUGUUUAACAGAGCAUGUGAGCGUAGUCUUGCUUCCAUCUCUGCCUGUUUUAGCAGGUUUAAAGGACUGGGCUAAAGUCCUUUAAAUUCACUAAAGACAGUAGUGAUCUGUUCUGUACCAAGAACUGCCUGCAGAGCAAAGCUGAGAGCACUCUAAAGUAUUUUAGUCCUGAACUCAAAAAAAAUACUAGACCCACUCAUGACCAUACUGCCAAAGGAAAGCCUGCUCAGCAUCCUGAAAAAACUUGUUGUAAAGACUCUGGCCCAUGUGACUGUGAAAAAGCCAAAUACUGGAGAGGCUGAGGUGUGUGUAUCUGUUGUUUGGGAUAAGUGCAUUGUGUCCUGAGGCUGACUUGUGAUGAGAAUUGUUAGAGCUCUGAUCUGGAGCAAUAUAUGAAGGAGAGAUGGGCCUGUAUUUGAA